AUGCCUGGAGGUAAGGCUGGGAAAGACUCCGGAAAGGCCAAGACAAAGGCUGUUUCCUCCUUGCAGAGAGCCAGCUUGCAGUUCCCAGUACUUGAAUUGGCAGGAGAUGCAUCAAAAGACUUAAAGGUAAAACAUACUACAGCUCAUUACUUGCAACUUACUAUUCCAGGAGAUGAAGAAUUGGACUCUUUCAUCAAGGCUACAAUUGCUGGUGGUGGUGUCAUUGCACAUACCCACAAAUCUCUGAUUGGGAAGAAAGGACAAUAA